CUGCUGAAUUUGCAGACAAUAGCCAUACAUAAAAAGAAAGAAAACAACAAUUGGGGCAUGUGUUGGUGUGUAAGGCCAUUAGUGACCUAUGAACAUUAGUAAGACUAACAUCUGCUCUUGCUGAUAAAAACGGUAGCUUGUCACUUCCCAGCCACAGUGCGCAGCCUCUGUAAGCAUCUGUCUGGGCAAACUCACCAGCCAUCAAUAACUAGAGGCUGGAGUCUCGCGGGCCCCUUCAUCAAGCUGACUGGUUAAAUCUGCUGAGGUGGAGGGCGGUGAGGGAGAGCGAGAGAGCAUGAGAGAGAGUUGUUCACCGUGCCUCACUGCAUUCUGAUGUGUAGAUAUGAUCAGAGCGUCGGAGGGGACAGGAGGAAGGCCGGUGCGAGUCAGACCCACACCCAGAAGCACCCUGACCAGCGUGCUGCAGUUCCUUGAGUCCCGCCCAGCCCCCCACGGAUUGAGGCCCCCGAGGACCCCCAGCCUGCAGGUGCAGCCUCCGCGUCGUCUGCUCUCCUCCCUGCCCAGUCACGGGUCACUCAGCAUGCUGGGGAAACGCAGCUACCAGCACCACAGCCAGCCAGAGGCGGAGAGGAGGGGAGCCACCGCAGCGCAAGAUAACCCAGGACACAUUGUAGGACCUGUUCUGUGGCACCGAUGCGUCCUAUGA